AAGAAGUAUACUCUAGGAUUCCAAUUUGUUUUUUUCAAUUUUUUCAUCCUUUUCAAUCUACAAUGUUAUUAAUAUACGAGAUAAAAACGCCAAAAGUACAAGAUACAUUCAACCAUAUAACAAAAGUUUGGAGGAAGACAAUGACUCAGAAUGAACCCACUUUGCAGUUUAGUUCUGUUUCUAUACCGAACUCUAUACAUGAGAUCCUCCCACGAGGAAUAUAGUCUUAUUGUAUUGUGAAUGCUCCAUGGAAACUGCCAACUGAAAAGAUUGGAAUAAGGUAGGACUUCUUUAGCAAAGAAGGCACUAUUCGAUUUUAAUAAGGAAGCUCCGCAAUAAAACCUUCUAAUUCAUCUUUGGUAACAAAAGCAAUGGCGAUGUGGCUUGCUGUUCAACAAUUGCAUAGAUUAUUUUAAAUUAUAGUUGCAUUUUUAAGUGAUUGUCUGGAGCCAAUAAAACUUGGAUAUGUUAUCAGCCUAUUAGGAGGUAACCGAAACUACGAAAAACGGAUCAUCGAAGCUUUCUCCACAGUCCAAGACUAACUCAUUCGCUGCUGAGGAUCAUUUUAGCUUUCAUUAUGCACCUAGGAAUCAAUCUUAGUAGAUGUUGUUGAUCAUUUAGUUAGCAAAGAAUACCAAUAUUAGUGAUCAAUCUUAUGUAAUCUCCUGGUAUAACUAUUAAGCGAUUGUACUUCAAAGUUUCAAGGAAAUGAAAUCCAAAAAGUUGACAAAAAAACAUUCAACCAUAUAAGUACAAUAUAUAUAUUCAACUAUAUACGGUAGUAUAAAAUUUUGUAAAGUCUCAAAAAUUAUUGAAAAGACGACAGCAAUUAUAGUGAUGUACUGUAUCAAUAAUAUGAUCGGGGUAAAGUUUCAUGCAGUUCUUGAUUAAAUCCACAACGUCUCUUCUCUCGAGAUCACUUAUCUUAGUGGAAUAAACAAAAGAAAGAAAGAAAAAGAAAAGAGAUGAGAGAAAGCAACUUUUAAUCUGAUUUUGGGGGAGAGAGAGAGAGAAUCAUCAUUACAUAGGAGUGAGACCCCAUAUGAACAGAAGCAGUCAGAACUUUCAAUAAUUGUGUUGUAUUCAUUCUUCCUUCUCAUCUCUUUCAUUUCAGAUAUUCAUUCAUCUCUUUGUCUGAAAAUUCGAUCACUCUCUCUCCAUGGAAGCUACUGAGUUAUGAUCCUUACUCUCUCACGGGAUCUGAUCUGACUGUCGUAUUCUGCUGAGAAACAAACAUCUCUAAAUUAAUCAAUGGCUGAUCAACUUCCAUCUCCAACACCUAACACCUAUUACUCAUCUGUCUUUACCUCUCCAAAGUUUAGGUUUUUCUCUUCCAACAUCACUCCUUUUGACUCCAUCAUCAGCCCUACUUCCACCCUCGAAGCCAACCACAGCCACCCAUCAAUCUCCUCCUCCUCCAUAAACCCUAGACUCACUUCCUGUUACGAGCCAACAUUAAUCCCUAAACCCCAAAGGUUUCUUCACCCACCUGAAGCCUUUGGCCUCGCUGAUCUCGUCAAAAGCAAAGACCGGUCGAGCAAGCCUGUCAACAAGAUGGUCCUAUUCGGGUCGAAGCUCAGAGUCCAGAUACCUUCAGCUGACUUUGGAACUAAAUCCGCUGCUGCUUGCACCAGCCCUUGUCUGAAAACAAAGGUCUUAACCGUGAGCGAGGUUGACCAGACGGAGGACUACACGCGCGUCAUAUCUCACGGUCCAAACCCAACCAUCACCCAUAUCUUCGAUAACUCUGUUAUCGUGGAGGCGACUCCUCCUUGCUCUGUUCCUUUGGCACAAGUACCCGUGGAGACCAAGGCUAAUUUCUUAAGCUGUUGCUACACUUGUAACAAGAAUCUUGACCAAAAACAUGACAUCUAUAUUUACAGAGGAGAGAAAGGGUUUUGCAGCUGCGAGUGCAGGUACCAGGAGAUGCUUCUUGAUCAGAUGGAGGGCUAGCACUCUCUCCAUUUUUUUCAGAUUUUUGUUUCCCAUUUUUCAUUUUUGUCACAAAAAAUCUACUCUUUGUUUUGUUUGUUUUUUCUUGAUUUAGUUUUCUUUUCUCUUUUUUUUUUGUUUUUGUUUUUCUUGUAACCUUUCUCGCCUGCAGAUAUAUUAAAAGAUAGAUAGAGAGUUGUCAUAAUAUGCUUGUGUAUUGUUAUGUGGGUGAAUUGGAGAGAUGAUAAAUAUCAAAAACUGCAGAAUGUAUGGUCUGAA